AUGGCCUCCUUUGUCGGUUGGGCUGUGACCGAGCUCGUCAAGCGCGAGACCAAAGAUGCCGAUACUGAGGAGCCCGAGGCUGGCCAGCAGGAGAUCUACGCAUCAUGGUCGCUCUUCAUCCUUAUCUCGCUGCUCAUAAUAGCUCUCUUCACGAGCUACAUGCUACAGACGAGGAAGAUCCAGGCCGUGCACGAGACGGUUGUCUCUAUUUUUGCCGGUAUGGUCGUUGGUCUGGUAUUACGACUGACGGCGAACGAGGCUGUCCUGGGCGUUGUCAGCUUCAACUACCAAUUCUUCUUCAAUCUCCUCCUGCCGCCCAUCAUCCUCGCCUCCGGCUACGAGCUACACCAGGCGAACUUCUUCCGCCAGAUCGGCACUAUUCUCACCUUCGCCUUUGCCGGUACAUUCAUCUCUGCCCUGGUCCUCGGCAUCUUCCUGUGGCUCUGGACCCGGCUGAACCUGGACGGCGUUUCUUUGUCCUUUGUCGAAGCCAUUUCCGUCGGCGCCACACUUUCAGCCACGGAUCCGGUUACGAUUCUUGCCAUUUUCAACACAUACAAGGUCGAUCCUAAGCUGUACACCGUCAUCUUCGGCGAAUCGAUUCUGAACGAUGCUAUUGCUAUCGUCCUUUUCGAGACUGCCCAGAGAUACAAGGAUGCCGACGGGGAGAGCUUGACAAUCAUCACUCUCUUUGAGUCAAUUGGAAUCUUCUUACUGGUUUUCUUUGGUAGUCUGGUCAUCGGCCUCAUCAUUGGCGUCAUGACUUCGCUACUUCUGAAGUUUACCUAUGUGCGCCGUUUCCCCAAAAUCGAGAGCUGUCUGGUCAUUUUGAUCGCAUAUCUCAGCUACUUCUUCUCCAAUGCCAUUCACAUGUCCGGCAUCGUCUCCCUCCUGUUUUGCGGCAUCUGCUUGAAGCACUAUGCCUACCACAACAUGUCCAGACGCACACAGCUUACGUCCAAAUUCGUCUUCCAGGUCAUGGCCCAGCUUUCAGAAAACUUCAUCUUCAUCUACUUAGGUCUUUCCCUCUUCACCGAAACCGAGCUCGACUACAAACCGCUUUUUAUCCUCGUCACCGUCAUCGGCAUCUGUAUUGCCCGCUACUGCGCCGUCUUCCCUCUCUCGAGAUUGGUCAACUGGGUUCUUCGUUACAAGGCCCGCAGGCGCGGUCGCGAAAUGGCCGAAGAAUUACCAUGGUCCCACCAAGCCAUGUUGUUCUGGGCUGGGCUUCGAGGAGCUGUUGGAGUCGCACUUGCAGCAGGUCUUAGUGGUACCAACGGUUACACGCUCCGCGCCACGGUUCUGGUUGUUGUCGUCCUUACUGUCAUUAUUUUUGGAGGCACAACGGCACGCAUGCUUGAGAUUCUGCAAAUUCGGACGGGGGUGGUUGAAGAAAUUGACUCAGAUGAUGAGUUCGACAUCGAGAUCGUACCAGGUGGUGGGAGUGGUGCAAGUGGCGUCACUUUUGCAGCCAAGCAAGGCCGCGGUAUCGGCCAUACCCCCAAGCCCAGCUCGAACGGCUUCGUUCUCACUCCAGUGGGCGUGGACGAUUCCGGCCGUGGCAAGGGUUUCAGCAGCAGCACCAUCAACGGCAGCUCUUCGCCCAACGCUCGACCCAACGGCGGCAUGCCAUCGCGCCGCAGCUCCAGCCGGGCGCAAAACCUCCGUGCUCAAGACUACGCUGAACAAGGCCUGCUCCGGGACGAGGACUCGGGCUCGAACUCGGACGUCGAAAACGAACUCGAUUUACCGCCUUCAGCCCGCCGCUCGCCCGCUCGUCGCGCAUCACCGAACGCUGCCGGCCCUGCCGCGUCAUCGUCGCCAUACACGGCGGAUACGACUGUGGCAGUGGAGCCGAUGGGAAGGUUGCAGAGAAUGACGGGCGCCACGGCCGCAGCGAGGCAGUUGCUGACGGGCUUGAGUGAAGAUCCGGCGAGCGCCUUCCGGCAGAUCGACGAAGGCUUCAUCAAGCCGCAUCUGCUGCUUGAUCCGGGGUCGGGAAGUCGGCAUAGCGGUGGGCAAGGUGGUGCGUCGCAUUGA